AUGGCGCCAGCGCCCAUCGCCUCGCCGAUGUCCUCAUACGUCCCCUCAUACAGCAACGACAGGCGAAGGUCGACCAGCAAACCCUACAAGAAGCCCUCGUUGAAUUUCCCACCGCAUCCGGACUGGCCUGAUGGGGUGACCAUCGGCUUGCGAGUCCAGUACGCCGGUAGCAAGGCCGCGCGCUUCCCUCGACAGUCUGGCGCGGUCGAGGUGCCCGCCAACUUGCUGAGGGAAGUCCGCGAGGACCUUACGGCCGUAAAAAUGGGAACUGCAUCUCCCAAGACGGGGAAUGCGCAUUUUAGCUCGCAGUUGGCUGGGGCUGUUGAUCUUGUCUGGCCGGCGUAUAAGAUGCGUCCACUAGUGGACUACUUCAUAAGCUUUUUCGCGAGAGUGAGACCAGAAGCUCUCGCAGAGCGUUCAAUCUCUUGCAUGGCAUUCUACCUCCUCCCGCCCUACGUCGUCUCCUUGCACAACCAUCCACUCGACAAGGGUCUACGGGACUUCGUUGUAGACAGGCACACCGUGGACCCGCAUACCUCUGCUCUCUUCCGUGACGCGUUGCCCUCCGGCUAUCCAUCACCUUCCAGGCAACGCUCUGACCGCACGCCUUACCGUCCCCCGGAUUCACCCCGUGUGAAAAGAGAACCAUCUUCCCCUACUCUGAUGAACUACGACAUUAACAUGUCUACUGAGUCUACUCGGGUAGACGAUGUGCCCUCCCUCCUUCCCCCGCCGCUACCAAAGAAUGUACUGGAGGAUCUUCCUGGUCUCUCGCGCAAGCGUCCACGAGAGACAGUGGACGACGACGACGACGACGACGAACAGCUUCUCCCUAUCAAGAUUCGCCGUCUCAUUGCCGAGCGCGAUGAGGCUCAAGAACGUGAGAGGCUCUUGCAACAGGAAGCAUCGCAAAUGCCGGAUCUGGAACGCUCUCUGGCAACGUACAAAUCUUGCAUUGCCGUCACAGAACGCCGUGAACGUCGUCUAACGGACCUAUUGGACACAGUGUUCGGCCUGACAUCUCCAACCAAGGACUCUCUAGACAUGCUAGAGCAUGAGUUCGCCUUACUUCAAGCCAAGACGCACAGCACUACUCGGGAAGCUGCUCAAGCUCGCGAAGGAUUGGAUGCGCAGGCAGCUGCCCUAGGAUUCGAGGACGGUCCUGGGUUGACACUCCCAGUCUUAUUGGACGCACUCCAGCGAAUAUCUGGUAUCGCGAAUGCGUCGGGCGCUCGUGUGAGCGCUCUACUGCGAUAG